UGUAACGUACUGCGUUUUUCGUAAUUCCGUAUCCGGUUUUGAAUGCGUGAUCACGCGACAUUGCGUUGCAAGAUUUGUUGUGCACUUGAAUGAAUUGAUCCGGAGGCAAAAUAUAAAUAAUACAAUAUACACAAUAGUUCACGAAUAAGAUUACUUCGAAACAUCAUUCGUUCAUAAUCAGUGAUAACAUGGAGGUGCCUGUGUUUAGCGAUAAAGUCACACAACAGCUAAAAUUGUUUGCUCAGCAAUGCAUGAGUAAUGCGUCUCUUCUUCAUGAUCCAAAACUGUCCUGCAUUAAGGAUUUAAUAGAACAUUAUGGUGGUAAGGUACCAGAAGCUAAAGCAAAUGAUUCCUCAGAUACCAAAACAGAAUUUGAAAACAAACCUGAGCAACCACAAUUUGAAUCAGCACCAGAGAGUGAAGAGAGUGAAGAGAGCGACUUAGAGUUAGAUAUGACUGGCGUAAUCGAACCUGAUGAAGAUGCUCCUCAAAAAAUGGGAAAUUUGACUUUACAACCCAAUGAGGAGGAAAUCGCAGAGUCACAAGCAAAAAGAUCUGAAGCAGUCUCUGCAUUCGUGGAGAAAGAUUAUGAAAAAGCCAUACAACUUUAUACAGAGGCUAUUGUACUGAAUCCUCAAGCAGCCUUAUUAUAUGCUAAACGCGGUCAAGUUUUCCUAAUAUUAAACAAGCCGAAUGCUUGUAUUCGUGAUUGCGACCGUGCUAUAGAAUUAAAUCCAGAUAGCGCAGCGGCUUACAAAUUUAGAGGAAGAGCUCAUCAUUUGCUUGGAAAGUUCGAGGAAGCAGCAAACGAUCUGAGACUAGCCUGUAAGCUGGAUUUCGAUGAACAAGCAGACGAAUGGCUACGUGAGACGACACCGAAUGCGCGAAAAAUAGAAGAACAUAAAAGAAAAAAGGAACGGAAGGCGCAAGAAAAAUUGGAGCGCGAGAGACAAGAAAGAUUGCGGAAAGCGCGAGAGGCAGCCAAAGCUCGUGAGGAAAAUACGCGAACUUCUCAAACGGAUGCGGGAAAUACAUCCCCUGGCGCAGGAGAUUUCUAUCAGUUUCUUAAAGAUCCUGAUGUACUUCAAGCCUUCGAGGAUCCGGAAGUGGCCGAGGCGUUCAGGGAGAUCUCUACGAAUCCGACGAAUGUUCUCAAAUAUCAGAACAAUCCCAAGGUAAUGGCCCUUAUUAAUAAAAUGGCUUCGAAAUUCGGCGGUGUUGGCGGUAUGCCUGGCGCUGCCGGGAUGAAUUUCCCGGGCGGUAUGCCUGGUUUUCCCGGUGCUGGGGCUGGUCGUUUUAAUCCUCCGAAAUCGUCUCCUCACGAUGACGUUGGUCUCGACUAAUCGUGAUUUAAUCACUGUACAAUGAGUACGGAGAGCGUAUCAUCUCGGUUAGUUGACUCAUUAAAGGCUGAUUUACGUUAAUUUUCCUUUAACAUUGCGAUGAGUACUAAGAAAGAAUUUAUAUUGGAAAGAACUGAUAAUUUAUAAGGGAUCUUUUAAACAUAGGAUUAAUAUUAGCAUGCGUCAACAGGAUCCCGAAGAUUCUGUAUUCUUGUUGCUGUUCCUUUUCAUCUCCAGUGAUCUGAUUUUGGAUUACUUGUCUCACUUAGAUUUCUGGAAAUUAUUUCUGUUCUACUUUUAAAAUUAAUAUAGAAUUUUUAUUAAAGAUGUAUUAUUUCAGAAAUAAAAUGGGCGCCUUUAAUGAGUUAAAAAAAAUGCUAGCAUUUGUUUAUCUCUUGCUCCAUAUAUAAAAAUGUAUACACACACAUAUAUGUAUGUGUGUGUGUGUCUGUGUGGUAUGUGGUGCGUAUAUGAUGUGUGUGUAUAUGUAUAAAUGUAAAAUCAAAUAGACAUAUAUAGGGUGAGGAAAAAAUUUCGGACCGGUAAAAUAUCUCGAAAAUAAAGCAUUUUUGAAAAAAAUAUUUCAUACAAAAGUUGUAGAUCAUUUUAAACUCUACAACUUUUGCACGAAAUAUUUUUUUUUAUGUUUUAUUUUCAAGAUAUUUCACCGGUUUGGACGUUUUCCUUACCUCGUAUACACACAAACAUACAUCAGUGAUAUAUCUACAUCUUCGAAGGAACUUCUACUGUGAAUCAAUAUAGUUUGUUAUAUAUUACAGAGCGCUCUUUGGUUUUUUAAAAAUGAA